UUUUGCUUUUCAUCAGCUGGUUUCUCACUGGCGGGUAGAUCCAUCUACCUCCGCGUCGCGCUCUUCUAUUCUCCCGAGGUUUUAUUCUUGGUUCUUGGGGUUGCCAAAUAUGGCUGCAGUUGUUACCAGACACAAGCAUUUCGGUCGAGAAUACCUCAGUACUGAAUCUAAAUGUGUUGUUCGGAGAUACUCCAGCUCUGCGGCUGAAGAGGUGAAAUAUCAAUACCAAACACAGAAGAGAAUCCGGGGAGUGGUGGAGAAGAAGAUGCCUGAGAAAUACAUCCGUGAGGAGUCCAUGAUCAGGGGCCCCAAGUUUGUGGUUAGACUGAGGUCCCACACAGUGUAUGAAAACAGUGCUAUUAAAAUUUUCUGCACUGUGGAGGGAUAUCCCACUCCACAGGUUAUAUGGUUCAAGGAUGAUGUCAUCUUGGACAUUUCUUCUGGAAAGUACUUUGUGGAGAGCAAUGCAGGAUUCCAUGCCCUCGCCAUCCUCAAGUGUGCGACUGAUGACACUGCAAUGUACACGGCUGUAGCCUCAAACACUCAUGGACAGGUUUCUUCCCAGGCCUCCAUCAUUGUGAAGAGGUGCAAAGAGGAAGAAAAGUUCAAUCCUUACUCCUGGAUGCCUUACCAGUAUGCCAUUUUACCUGAAAUCAAGUAUACAAAGAUUAACAUCACCUACACUGAGACGUUUGACGUGACCUUUGGAAAAGAAGGCGAUAAGGUCACUUUGACCUGCAAGAUGAUCAUCAACCCCAACCUGGCUAACCUUCAGCCUGAGGCGCUGUGGUACAGAGAUGAGUAUCUCCUGAAAGAGUCCAAGUGGGUGAAAAUGGAGUCUGGAGGAGGUGUUGCCAAGCUCACGCUUACUCAACUUGCAAAGGACGAUGAGGGUCUUUAUACCCUCCGCAUGGUGACCAAGGGAGGCGAUGCGGUCCACAGUGCUUACGUCUUCGUUGAUGAUGGUCCACCUCCAGUUCCUCAAACUCCCGGAGCCCCAAUGGACAUUAAGAUCCAUGAUGCAAAUAGAGAUUAUGUCAUCGUGUCCUGGAAACCUCCUAACACCACCACUGAAGGCCCCAUCAUUGGAUACUUUGUUGACAGAUGUGAAGUUGGAACAGAGAACUGGGUGCAGUGUAACGACUCCCCUGCAAAGAUCUGCAAAUAUCCCGUGCAGGGUCUGUUUGAGGGACACUCUUAUUACUUUCGCGUACGUGCCGUCAACUCUCGCGGCACUGGCAGACCCUCCAGAAUGUCUGAGCCCAUUGCUGCUCUGGACCCUACAGAGUUUGAGAGACUUCAUGCCACAAAACUUGGUGGAAGACUUGACGUUGUGACUUACUAUGAUGACCUUGAAGCCGAGGGAAAAGCUCCAGGACCUCCCUCUAAAGUCUGUGCUUCAGAGACGGACCGAACAUAUGUUGUGCUCAGUUGGGUCCCUCCAGUCUACCAUAGCAAAGCCCCCAUGUGGUAUUACAUUGAGAAGCUUCAAGUUGGAGCUGGAUCCUGGCAGAGAGUGAACACUAAAGUACCCAUCAGAUCUCCUCGCUAUGCUGUCUUCGACCUGCUUGAGGGAAAGAACUAUCAGUUCCGUGUGCUAUCCGCUAACAUGUACGGCGUCAGCGAGCCUUCCGAGCCCACCAGUACUGUAACAACCCUGCAACUGAAGGGUGUGCCCUCAGCUCCUGGACAAGUCGUUGCAACCAGAGAGACAGACACUUCUGUUCUAAUCCAGUGGGCACCUCCAAAGGAUCCCAAUAACCUGAUUGGAUAUUACAUUGAUUCUUGUGUGAAAGGAUCUAAGGACUGGACCUCUGCCAAUCACAAGCCCCAUAAGCAGACCAGGUUUGUUGUGCACGGACUGACCACCGGUGAGACGUAUGUCUUCCGUGUUCAAGCCAUCAAUGAGCUGGGCCUCAGCGACGAAUCCCAGGAAUCGGCUCCUCUUUCUGUGAGAGCUGCUCUUAAGCUGCCUUCUUCCCCUUAUGAUGUCUCUCUUCUCUACUGUGAUGGGGAAUCCAUGGUGAUCAACUGGAAGCAGCCCAUCCAUUCUGGAGGAGCAGAGGUCACUGAUUAUUACAUUGACAAAUGCAAUGUGGCCAAGAAAACAUGGAAGGAGGUCAACAUCCCACCCAUUAAGGAAAGACUGCACAAGAUUGGAGGUCUGACAGCUGGGUCAGUGUACCAGUUUAGGGUCUAUGGAGCUAAUUUGAUUGGACUGGGUGAUGCUUCGACCCCUAGUGCUCCCUUCAAAUGUGAGGCUUGGACCAUGCCUGAGCCAGGUCCAGCCUAUGACGUGACCUUCACUGAAGUAAGGGAUGAUUCGGUGGUGGUGGAGUGGAAGGCUCCUGUCUACAUCGGCGCCAGUGCCAUCACUGGAUACUUUGUUGAGAAAUCCAAGAAAGGCUCUAAUGCCUGGAGCAAAGUCAACGAAAGUUCAGUCAACCACUGCUAUCUUAAGGUCAAGGGUCUAGAGACAGGCGAGUCUUAUUUGUUCCGUGUGCAGGCAGAGAAUGCCCAGGGCAUUGGCGUGGCUUCAACCCCUUCUGACCCUGCGUGCAUCAAGGCACUGCCAGGCGCCCAGGAAAUCAAAUGUGGCGUGGAUGAGGAAUCAGGUGACAUUUAUCUCUCUUUUGAGAGCUGCCAAAUGACGGAGAAAUCAAAGUAUGUGUGGAAGAAGUCCUACCAAGAAAUUACUGAUUUCUCUAAGGGAAUCGUCGUCAAGACAUCAGGCAGCCACUCAACUUUGCUUUUUAAGAACCCAGACAAAGAGGAUUUGGGCACAUACUCUGUGUCUGUUACACAUACUGAUGGUGCCUCCGCCAGCUACAAGAUCUCAGCAGAAGAGCUGGAGAAGAUGUUGGCCCUCAGCUAUGACAUACGCAACCCAAUUAUUCCUCUGAAGACUGAACUGGCCUAUAAGAUUCUAGAGCGAGGCCGUAUGCGCUUUUGGCUGCAAGCUGAGGGCAUCUCCUCUGCUGUGACCUACAAAUUCUUUGCCAAUAACAAGGAGCUUGUCAACUGUGAGCAAACUAAAAUGAGUCACGAUGCAGCUACGGGCAUUAUUGAGAUGGUGAUGGAUCAUUUUACUGACGACAGCGAGGGCACUUUCACCGUGCAGAUCCAAGACGGCAGAGCCAAGGCCCAGUCCUCUCUGGUGCUGAUCGGAGAUGCCUUCAAGGCAGCACUGGCUGAGGCGGAAUACCAAAGGAGGGAGUACAUUCGUGUGAAAGAGGGCCCUCACUUUACGGAGUUCCUCUCCGUUCAAACUGGGGAUAAUGCCUCUGUCACUCUUAUUUGCAAGGUGGCUAAUUUGAAGAAGGACUCUGUGUUCCAGUGGUAUAAGGACGAUGUAGAGGUGAUUCCUGAGGUGCCCGCCGAUUUGAGCUCAGGAGUCUGCAAGUUCCCCUUAACUAAUUUCUCCAAGAAGGAUGUGGGACUAUAUAAAGCAACCAUCACUGAUGACAGAGGCCAAGAUGUGUCACAGAUUGAUAUUUCUGGCAAAGCUUUUGAUGACAUCAUUAAUGAGCUCAGUCGUAUCGCUGGAUCCAGCGCUGCUGAGUUGUCGAUUCAGUGCACUGCGGAGGGCAUUAUGCUUCAGUGCCAUAUGAAAUAUUACACCGAGGAGAUGAAGAUCCAUUGGAAACAAAAGGAUUCUAAAAUCAGUGCAUCAGAAAGGAUGAGAAUUGGUGGCAACCCAGCAAUGGCAACUUUGGAGAUAGUCGAGCCUACUGAUAAGGAUAAAGGAAUGUACACUUUUGAGAUUGUGGAUCCCGAGAAGACGCAUUCUCGUAUCCUGGACCUCUCCGGAGAACUCUACAACAACGCCUACGCAGAAUUCCAGAGACUCAAAGCGGAAGCAUAUGCUGAAAAGAAUCGUGGCAAAGUGAUUGGUGGUCUUCCUGAUGUUGUAACUAUCAUGGAAAAGAAGACUCUGAGUCUGACCUGCACAGUCUGCGGUGACCCCAAACCUCUGGUCAGCUGGUCUAAGAACGAGCAAGAAUUAGAACUCAGUGAUCAGUACGUCAUAGCCUUGGACUCGGGCAAGUUCGCCAGCCUCACCAUCAAAGGCGUGUCCCUGGAGGAUUCCGGCAAGUACACCAUGACGGUCCUAAACAAGUAUGGCGGCGAGUCGGUGGACAUCAUUGUCAGCGUGUACAAACAUGGCGACAAGAUUCCAGACGUCAAACCCACACCCUUGCCCAAAAGGAUCAUGCCUCCCACAGUUCCCAUCGAAAUUCCCACUGUGAAGUCUGCCGCCCCUGCUGCGGCCAAGUCUCCAGCUCCUCCCCAAAAUGCCAAAUCCUCUGCACCACCCCGUGGCAUGAAGUCCCCCACUCCCACCAGGAAGAAGUAACAGCACACCUCUUUCCUCUUGUUCACCCCAACAGCACAAAAACACCUAGAUUAACAUUUCUGGUAGGAAAUAUCAGUGUUUGCAAGGCAGCAAAGGAAGUUUAGGUUUGGAUUUUGAUUUGGUGUAAAGAUAAUGCCGUUUUUCCACCAUCAUGACACAGCACAUCUUGUUUUCUCCCGUCUGUAAACAGGAAUCAGCAUAGAUUUUUGUGAUGAAUUCUGAUGAAUCCGAUGAAUCACAUACUGCCUAGGAUGCCUGUGCAUACUACAUUUAUUUGAAACUUUUAAAACCAUUAAAAAAUAUCUUCUGUAUCGCAUGAAUUAAAUUCGUACUGGUUACUGUCACUUGACCUACCAGCAUCAAUGUCAUUGCUUCACUGCCAUUCACAACUUAUCUUCUAUGGCUUCUUGGGAUUGAGUCCAUCAAAUGUGCACUCUAGAUUCUUGGUAGUUAAAGUAGGUAAUCUUAGUACUUUUUCAAAUACUAUAAAUUUGGACAUACUACUCUUUUGGUGUACUGAUUUUCGCAUUCUAUGGAAGUAGUAGUAUUCCACUAGAAUGCAAGUAGGCAUAUUCCGAUUCAGGGUUGUUUAAGCAUUCAGACUAGCUCAACACAUCAACUUUUGCACAACCAGUGUUUUGAGUUUAGGGUGGGGUUAUUCAUUUGACUAAUAGAAGAUGGGAGGAGUGCUUGAAACAUGGUUGAAAACUAUUCCAUUUGGUGGCACUAAUGAUGCAGACCGUUUUCAAUCCAGUAUGCAAAAAUAAGUAAAUAAAUAAAAAUACACUGAAAUGACCUAAAAUGAUCUAAAAGCAAAUUGCAGAAAUACUUAGGUUUGAGGUUUAAAACAAAAGCUUAGGGAUUCAGUGAUAUUAAAUUCCUGCCUGCUACCAAUAUGCUGAUAAUUAUUUUGAUGUUAUGACUAAUAACCAAUAAAUAAUUUAUAGUAAAAUUGUAUUUUGUGUAAUAAAUAAAUAAACACACUGAAAUAAAAUCAACAGGUUAAGUGAAUUUAGAAAUCAUCUUCAUAUUAAAAAUUAAAAUAGGAAAGACUAAAUUAUCAGUUCUAUUAAAAAAUAACGUUAAGUGAGCAUUAGAAGAUGGCAAAUUUAAUCUAAAGACAGAAAUUAGUCAAAAGUGAACGUGCACAAAUAAUAUCCAAUAUUGAUCAAGACCAAAAAAAUAAAAAUAAAAAUAUGUAAAAACCUAUAAUAUCAACAGAUAUGUUGUACAUCGUUAAAACUCUAACCAGAAUAACUGAAGAAAAUCAAUAUUAUGCUGCCUUGCAAACACUGUGAUUGAACUGUAGUGCAUAAAUCAAUGAAUAAAGAAACUAGAAUUGUAAAGUAGAUAGUAUUUUUCACCCAAAAUGCAUCAUCGUAUCAUAAAAUGAGCAAGCAUCAAGUAUGAAAAGAAAGAGAGUAGGAAGUAUGUGUGAGGGAGGGUGGGGCGAGUUAUAUUUAGUGCCACGAAAAAAAUGUGUGAAACAGUUUGUCAUCUGGGUUGCCUAAGCUGAGUGGGCCUCUAAUGAAUUUGGCUCUCUCUCCCCUGAGGUGCUUAGAGGGAAAGCUUUGAUGUUAGUUUAUUAAAUCUCUGUUUAAAAGCUGCUCUUUCAGUUAGCCACUGGAAUCCGGAGGCUUUUUUGCUUUCUCCGGUGGAUGGAUGGCCUGAGAGUGCAGGACCUCCACUUAGCCCCCAGCAGCAUCAGUGCUCCUCUCAGCCUCAUCUCACUUCCUCGCCUUUUUCUCCUGGUUUUGUGUUAAUAAAAGAGUUGGAAAUCA